CUGCCCGGUUGCCCCACAACGAUCCCAAAUGCCAAGGAGCCACUCUUUCCCGCUUCACAAUGUGACAAUUUCUCCAUCGACCGUCAGACAUUUGUUCCCGCAUUUGCCUCCUCCUUUUGUCUGUUGCGCAACCCAUCUGCAAACACCUCCACGUAUGGCUGGUACACUAGUCGAAGUCGGAGCUGGAGCCCGUCAACCGUCACCGAGGCCGAGACACAGUCACACUUGCUCGACCAGGCCUCAUGAUACCGAGCUCACUACCAGAUCGCGCUGAGGCUUACCGCCCACAGUCUCCCACUUUGACUAAACCAGAGGCCAACAUCUCAUUUCUUGAGACAAAUUGGCAUUCUACAAUAUACGCCCCAUCCGUCACUCCCACAGACAGACUUUACGAGCCACAAGGUGCCCCAUGCCGACUCUUUAUACGGACCCAAGUCGUUGGGGCCCAUCAAGAGACGAGCCCCCUGCUUUUCCAACCAUGGACCUUCAUCAUCAUCACCUCAUAGCUUCCCUUCCUGGCCUGAUUUGCUGCUGACGGAUGGAGCAGAUGAAAACAUUACCCUGCGCACAUGGAGUGCAGUUUCCUCCUUCUCUCCAAAGAACUCUCAGUUCGACCUCAUACAUAUGCAGUCUUCGCCCAUCCCUCCCAUUGCAUCUAGAAAGUUGCGACUGACUGCACACCCACCCGCACAAUAUCCAAUUCUCCAAUAGAACGGUACGCCGUUCGAGGGGGCGGAAGCUAUGGUGGGCGGGUAGCUCAGCACACCACCUUGCAAACCACCAAACCCAACUAAACCCGCCGGCCACAGACCGCUCCCUGCUAUGCCGGGACAGGCUUUAUUAUACGCAAAAUGAUCGGCAAAAACGCUUUCUCACCUGAUUCCGACGUCUAAUUUCUUUGUCGCUAACGACUUCACGGAUUCUUCUAUCUCGUGAGAGAAUAAACAGUCAUCGGCCGACUGCACGUCUCAUGCCACUCGCUCUAUUCUUGGCAAUGGCCUCAAUGCAAAGUUCCGGAACCAUACGCGGCAGGCGUCGAGCUCCAGUCUCCAGAGGGCCCACCCCCGUCCGACAUCUGCACCGCCGCGAGCAGGGAGGUAUCUCUACCCGGCCGAUACAUCCCCACGUCACCGCACCUUUCCCUCCGGCCUGUGGGCUAAAUUGCGGGGCACACUCCAACCUGCAUCACCUGGCCCUUCUCGUGUCCUGCCCCCUCACGCCUAAUGACAGCAUCCGCGAAUCAACCCGUCUGAGAGCUGCGGCACGGCCAUUACCGACUGGCUGCCACGAAGCAAGGCACCAUGUUCAGGUCAACCAAGCGAGCACAGUUCAUCUCGAUGGAUCGGCCUUUUUGUGAAGAUUUCCUGAGGCGUGGCGACGAAGCAAAAGACCUCAUUGGAAUAGCAUGCUACCCAGGUAUCUAUCUAUACGGCAUCCUACAAUUUCGACAACAACUUUUUCAUCACACCGGUCAUGUUGUACACCUAAUCAACCCAAUAUCUCUGCCAUCGUCCGUUAUUGCAAGAAGCCACAUGGAAACGGCUCACCGCGUAUCGGGUUUCGGACUCUGUUCCUGAUUCUGAAGUAUUCGUCCCCAGCCUUUUCUAAUUUGGUCAGGCUCAUCUUCGCCCUUUGGCCUGGCAAGAUGUCACCGCCACUAUCCUCUCUUUUUGUCUUAUAUGUACAGAAGAUCGGCUUCUCCUUGGGGCUAUCGAUUGCGCUUUGUCGCUGUAUCGGCUGGGAUUGAGGAUGCAUUGAGUCUGCAGGAAAUGAAGUUGACGCCGAGUGUUGGCUUCGAUGUUCUCGGAGUGGGGUCGGUCUCCGACGCCCGGGUGCCGAUGCUCGACUUAUGUUCACGGUUGCGGGCGCCGAGGGCUCGGAGUAAGACGUUUCUCUUUUCGUCAUCUCUCCUUGAAGACCACUGUUUGGAUUUGUUUGGGCGAGGACUCAGGAAUACUGUAUGGAUGCACGGCAAAGCAAGUGCUGUUUAUGUCGUGGCUGAGUGGGUAACACAGAGAGCGGGCGCAGAUCAAAAGACUUCAAGUUGAGAAGGCUCGUUUGAUGUCUGAUUUGGCUUCUGGGGCGAGGACCCGCUCUGAGGGUUCCGGAGCCUGGCAACUUACUUAUAUGAAAAACGUAUCAAUGUUGGAAUUUGGCUGAGGUGGCCGGUCUCGCAUACCAUUCCCCAGGUGGCCAGACUUUGUCAAUGGGAAUUGCACUUUUCUUGGCUGGAUGUAGCGGCAUGCAUGACCCUUCGGCUUUUUGGGAUUUUGAUGUAAUGGUGUUGUUGAAACCCAAGUGGAAUUUCAACUCCCCAAAUGACAAUGCCAGCUUAGUUGCUGACCCAAUGGCGGUGCAGAGAAACUUGCACUUUUCGACCCCCGGCCAAGCGGUGAUUGGAUCGUGUAAGGACUUUGCAUACAGAGUGAGGUGCUAUGAAAUUACAAUUCAAUCCCAAGGCUACGUACUUGGUCCGCGGACUGGGAGCCUUACAUGAAAUUCAGCCUCAAGAAGGCGACGAGGGGCGGAGCUCGUUGGGCUUUCUUAGGUUAUGAGGAGGACUCCAAGGCACUUCGUCUCUUGCGGAAGAAUCUCGUUUGGCUGUUGGAAACUACAAGAAUCAUACAAAAUGGAAGCAGAGUAUAUGCCGGCAUUCGAAAUGCUGGGCAACACCUUUCGGGCAUUACCAACACAAAGUUGUACGAUCAACGAACUCGAUAUGGCGAGAGGAGCAAAAGGAGCGAGCGAGCGAGCGACCAAAAUCCCGGCGGAAACUUGGGAGAAACUGAGGCCGAGCAUCUGCGAAAAAUACAAGACGAAUACUCAUGAGGAGCUGAUGGCUUUUAUGAAAGAUGAGCAUGGCCUAACCGUUACGAAACGCCAACUUGUCUACAGGCUAGGCGAUAUAUGGGGAUGCAAGAAGUAUGGUCAGGGUCACAAGAACCCGUCCGAGAACUCUGAAGACGUGGAUGCAUACGGUGUCAAACCUGACGUCGGCAUUGAGGACUCUGGCCCUGAAAAUGCGGAUUUUGUACAAGACAAUGACUGCGGCUACGAGGCGUCUGAUGAAUUCACCCUUGCACCCAUAUCCGAAAUUGUCUCUUGCAUGGGCGAUCGAAUCACUCAAGAUAUCCAGACAACGAAAGCUGAUGCAAUAUUCGCAGUCGCGGGCAGUCGCUAUGCUUGGGAACGAUACCAACACGGUCUCCUCAUUAAUAGGGAAUGUUCAGACAGUCUCGUAGCUCUAUGUCGAUCGGCCGAGACUGAGAAACAAUGUCAGGAAGCCUUGGGCCUCCUGAACACCCAGAUUUGGCUGCCUCACGAUCACCGUGCAAACCUUUGGCCCCUGCUAUACGUUUAUGUCUUAGAAAGUAUGAAUUCUGAGAUGAAUGAAAACAACAGCUGGUCGUUGGGUGGUCCCAUUGUGGAGAAGCUUGUUCAUGCUGUCUCCUCCAUCCUCGACGGGCACGGCAAGGGCUUCCUGCUCAAACAAAGCGGUUCUAUCGACCUAUUCGCGUUCCAUCUCUUGGACACCAUCAACGAAAAGUAUUACGCGCUUGUACCGGAUAUGGAAGAGCAACUCGACGACCUUUUAUGCAGCAUGCAUGACUGGGUCCUGCGCACCGACAACCGCGGAACGGCGACAUCCAGGGCUUUCACGACGCUGAGGCAGUGUGCAGGAUGGUGCUGCCAAGUACUAAGUGAUGUCUCGGGCACCCUCGGUCAGCCCAAGGGGCCUAAUAUCCAAUCUUCUCAUGACAAGAUGCAGAAGCAGCGGAAGGAGCAUCAUGAAGUCUACGGGACGUUGUGGUACAAACUCGUCAUGCAGCUACUCACCGAAGAAGGCGAAGGUGAAGGAGUGGGCUGCGGCGAAGACCGCAGUGCUGGGAGUGCCGAGUGGGCUCGCAAUUCCCGAAGGGAUUUGGGCAUUUCGCAGUCAGAGGUGUUAUCUUGCUUGUGCUGGGUCAUUGUCUCCUACAGAGAGAACGCUGCGCAUGUCCCGGGCGCUGCUGAUAUGGCGAUAAAUGGGUACGGCCAUCUUGUAGAUGAUGGUGGUGACUCCCCUGAGCACUUUUCCCAGCGGGUUCAGGGCGCCGCCUAUAGGAUCGCGAACGCCCCAUCGCGGGGAUUGUGGAAUGAGUUCCUAACUGCCUUCAAGAUCUUCAACGACGUAAUUGAAACGGAUGGGGAAGACGGUCUCGAUGCAGAUGCCGACGCUGGGGGCGGAGACAUGGACGCGAGGGCAAUAGAGGAUGGUUGUUUCAGGGAAGAGGUCAUGACCGAGUUCGUGGCUUUCGUCGAGGAGGCUCUGAAGGAGUUCAAGUGAGAGUCUCCGAUGUGAUGGAGAAAGGGGUUGUUACCGAGUUUCCAUGCGCAGCUGGCUGUCAAGGUUAUUGGAUGGCCUAGAAGCCUUGGGGAAGUCAAGAUGAUUAAGUUUAGUGGUCGGCACGCUGAG